ACUACCACUGGGUCACCCAGAGUCAACGUUGAGAACAUAGGACUGUGUUUCUGUCGUCUGCUGAGUGGGUGUAUCUGUUCAUUUUAACCCGAGCAGACAAACUAAAGAACCUCCUGGUGCUGAACCUUGAAGCUCCAUGUCAUCUUUUCUACUCAAGUUUUCAUGACUCAAUAUUUAUUGGCAGCAGAAUCAACACUGAAAUAUCAAAUGAACACUCCUGAACGGAGUUUCUAAAGAUGAACAGGCCACUCCUAAACUGUGUGAGUUCCAGUUGUGUCUGCCCACAUGAAAGUCAAAGUGCCCUUGAGCCAAAACCCUGACCCCACUAAUCUUUUGAAUUCUAUGGAUUAGUGCCUCUAAAAUGUUGGAUGUUUUAGGGUUGUUGCAAUUAAGAAAAGACUUGGUGGUACUGGAGGGUCAAGGCUGAGUAGUUCCCAGUUUGAGGAAACCUCUUAUGCAGACGUGGACACCAAACCUCCAUCUGUCGUCUGUUCACUGGGAUCCGGCCUGGAUUUUAUGGGAACGGCAGCUGCUUUAAAGAACUGCAUCCAGACUCCAAAAGAAAAACAGUCUUUUCUAUGUUGAAAGUUUCAGAGAAGACGCUAAAGGAAGCCUUCAGUCCCAUUGUCUGGCCGUCUGAAAGUCUGCUGGAUCUACACCAUUUGGUUCGGUUCAUCAGAAGGUCUUGGUACCAGAAAAACUACUGGUUAUUUAUCUAUAAAACAGUUGUCAAAGUGUCAGGUGCGUCUCUCUGGGAUUACACACCACUGUACUGAAUCAGUGGUUUCCUUUUGCUGUCAUUGUCUUCAGAGCGGUACAGGAGUGUGUGUUCAUCUCUGUCGGAGGAUGAAUCUCCUGUAGCCCUGGUUCUGCUGAACGUUCCUGGACCCUGUACCGUCAUGUCUCUGAGUAAUAAGACUAUCGAGUUGGAGCAUUUCGACGAACGCGACAAGAUUCGUCGAGGACGCUCCCCUCGAACCAAGAGGGAUGACUCUACCAGCAGCGCCGGAGGGGGGGGGUCCGGCCCCAGCUCCAGGGGCAGCAGCCUGGUCCCUAGCCCCGCCCACAGCGCCAACUGCAGCUACUACCGGACCCGUACGCUGCAGGCGCUCACCUCCGAGAAACGGGCCAAAAAGGUCCGCUUCUACCGGAACGGAGACCGCUACUUCAAGGGUCUGGUGUACGCCGUGUCCAGUGAUCGGUUCCGCUCUUACGAUGGGCUGUUGAUGGAGCUGACCCGCUCUUUGGCCGAUAACUUACAUCUGCCGCAAGGCGUCCGCACCAUCUACACCAUAGACGGCAGCAAGAAGAUCACAAGUAUGGACGAGCUGGUGGAAGGUGAGUGCUACGUCUGCGCCUCUAACGAGCCUUUCCGUAAAGUCGAUUACACCAAGAUCUCCGUCCCGAGCUGGAAGCCCGGAGCCAGCAGCGGGACCGGCACGCCCGGGUCGGCUCGGACCGCCACGGUCUCCACGGGGGCGUCGACCGGCGGGGGCGGCGGCUCCAGGGACCGCCCCGAAGGCCGGGAGGGCAGGGAGAGCAGGGAGAGCAAGGACUUCAUCAAACCCAAACUGGUGACGGUGAUCCGCAGCGGGGUGAAGCCUCGGAAGGCCGUGAGGAUCCUCCUGAACAAGAAGACGGCGCACUCCUUCGACCAAGUCCUGGCCGACAUCACCGAGGCCAUCAAACUGGACUCUGGAGCCGUGAAGAGGCUGUACACGCUGGACGGGAAACAGCUGACGUGUCUGCAGGACUUCUUCGCUGAUGAUGACGUGUUCAUGGCGUGUGGUCCAGAGAAGUUCCGCUACGCUCAGGAUGACUUUGUGCUGACCCACAGCUGUAAGAGCCAGGCCUUUGUGAGCGAAUGCAGGGCUAAGACUCGCUCCACUGCUCCUCAGAAAACUCCCAAGAGCCCCAGUGGCUCCGCCCUCUCCAAGACUCCACCCAAAGGCCCAUCCAGAACAAAGUCACCUGGUCCAGCCAAUGAGGCGUCAGGAUCAGCUGGGAAGUCGUCCAGGUCCAGCCCCUCCCCCACCAGCCCCGGGACCCGCCGCAGUCUGAAGAUCUCUCCUCGUCGAGCGUCCUCCACUGAUGUAAACGGAGAAGCCGAGCAGACGGAUGACGCCGUCGAAGUCAACGGUAAUCGAUCGGUUUCCUCCUCCAUCAUCAAUGAGAAGUACAAGGUGGGGAAAGUCAUCGGAGACGGAAACUUCGCAGUGGUGAAGGAGUGUGUGGAGAGGUCGACGGGUCAGGAGUACGCCCUGAAGAUCAUCGACAAGGCUCGCUGCUGUGGGAAGGAGCAUCUGAUAGAGAACGAGGUGGCGGUGCUUCGACGGGUUCGCCACCCCAGCAUCAUCCAGUUGGUGGAGGUGGAUGAGACGCCCACACAGCUGUUUCUGGUCAUGGAGCUGGUCAAGGGUGGCGACCUGUUCGACGCCAUCACCUCCUCCACAAAGUACAGCGAGCGCGACGCCAGCGCCAUGGUCUUCAACCUGGCCGGAGCCAUCAAGUACCUGCACAGGAUGAACAUCGUCCACCGAGACAUCAAACCUGAGAACCUGCUGGUGUGUGAGUACCCAGACGGCACUAAGUCCUUAAAGCUGGGGGACUUUGGUUUGGCCACGGUGGUGGAGGGUCCGCUGUACACUGUGUGUGGAACACCAACGUAUGUGGCACCGGAGAUCAUCGCUGAGACCGGAUAUGGUCUGAAGGUGGACAUCUGGGCGGCAGGUGUGAUCACCUACAUCCUUCUGUGUGGAUUUCCUCCUUUUCGAAGUGAGAAUAACGUGCAGGAGGAGCUGUUCGAUCAGAUCCUCCGAGGGAAACUGGAGUUUCCAUCACCAGACUGGGACACCAUCAGCCUACCAGCCAAGAUGCUCAUCAGUCAGAUGCUUCAGGUGAACGUUGACGCCCGUUUCACUGCAGAGGAGGUCCUGUCCCACCCAUGGGUGACGGAUGAAGCUCCUCUGGACUCCAACGCUGUGAGCAGCGCUGACGAACAGGUCGCAGGUGUGGACGCACUGGAACCAGAGCAGGAGUCUCCCAUACUGGAAACCAAACAGAUUCCAUCCCCUCUGGUCUGAAACCCUGGUCUGGAGGCAGCUCUGUUCCGUCAUUCCAUCUUCAUCUGUGGUCCAGAAAACACUCGACUGUAUCGACUUGAAACCGAACGUCCAGCUGGUUCCUGCUCCAGUUCAGACUGGUGUGGUCUAAAUCCUCCUGUUUCUGGGACUAAACUGGUCUCCUAACCAGAAGGCGUCUUCUCCUUCUAAACCAAAUGGGUUUCUUUAAUGCUGUGAUCCAGACUGUGUCUUCUUUCAUGGUCUUUGUAGAAGAUGUUCAGUUGAAGGACGGAGCUUUAAAGUGCUUCGUCCGCUGUAGUUCCUCAUCUCUGCUUUGACAGACUCUCCUGGAAACAAGACCUCCAUCAAAACCAUCGCAUCAACCACAAACCAAACCUGUUUUAUCGACUGGAAACCAAAACACUUCCUCCUCCUCUGAAAAGAACUCACCGUUUGGGAGCUGUGCAUGGAUACUAGGGCUGUGGAUCUGCAGGAAUCUGGAGAUAUGAUACAAAUGACAACACUAGGAUCACACUACCAUAUAUCACGAUAUAUCAUGAUACUGUUAAAAAGGCCAUUUUUUUAAUUGGUUUUCUCUCUUUUUUAAAUGAUUAUUUCCUGGUAG